AUGUUGUCGUCGGCGCGAAAAAAAGUUGGCAAAUCGUUGCCGUUGAAGCAGCGGCGGCUCACCGACGAAGCGACGCCGAUCGAGAACGGAAAACCAAUGAUUUCGAUACGGACCCUUACAUGCACGUUUCUAUUGAUGCAGCUUGUGGUCUCGUCGGCUUGUUUCAUUGCCUCGCUAGCGAUUAUCAGCGCCAAAAUGAAUUCGACAUCGAUUCACGAGGAGAAACAAUUCGUCAGCUUCGAAUGGUGGAUAUUCUGCGUUCUCAGCUUCCUCAUGAUCGUCUCAUGCGUCGUUUCGAUGCGCGCUUUAUCAGAGCACAACAAACUCUUAUUAUUGCCACAUAUUGGAUUUCUAAUAUUAUGCAACAUGUUGGCGUGCUACGUGACCCACUUCACAAUUCGGAAUUUCGACGCCACCGACUUCAACUGGUUCAUCGGAUUGUGCGGAAUUCUGUCGGCCGAGAGUUUUCUGCUCAUCUGUUUGAUAAUUGAAAUUCGAGCGCUUCGCACGAUGACAUGA